UAAGAUGUCUGUAAAAUUAAUGAGACAUCCUUUAACAUGUAGAUCAGAAAGUGACUAAAAAACUCCUAAGGGAUUUAUUAGAGAAACAGGAAUGGAAAGAACCACCCGCUCCUCCUUAGCUCUCCCUUCUGUCAAACCAGUGCACAAUCGAUCUGCUAACAUCACCGAUAGGGCAAGCUGCCAGCCCCUUUCUCCUUUGCCAGGGCUACAUGGGUCAGGGUAAAGGUGGCUAUUCUAAAACCAGGCAUCUGCCUCAAAAAACGUUUAGGAAGAUGUCUUUUCCUUGCUCACUAGGGGACAAUUCUUUUGGCAUGAUAUUAGCAAAAAUACAGUAUUGUAAUUACUUUAGGUAUUUUUCUGCAUCACUAGAAGAAUCAACAUCAUUUACUUGAUGUUUAUUCUGCUUAAUGUUUUAUUGUCUUUUUAAUCCAACUUUGUUGGUUAAGUUCUUUCAUGUAAAAUUUUAUUGAUCAAAAAUGGAUAUAGUUCAUUUAAGCAAAUAAGCUCUAAUUUUACCAUAUAAUUAGUACAUAUAAACAAUACUGGCUACUUAACAUGUAAAUAGUAAUGCAUUCAUGUUAUUAGGAACUGAAUGUUUGGUCCCUCCACAAUUCAUACGUUGAAACCUAACCCCCAAUGUGAUGGUAUUAGGAGGUGGGGCCUUUUGGGAGGUGAUUAGGUCAUGAGGGUGGAGCCCUCAUGAUGGGGUUAGUGCUCUUUAAAAGAGACCCUGGAGAGCUCUCUCACCCCUUCUCCCAUACGAGGUCACAGAGAGAAGACAGCCUUCUAGGAACCAGUAAGGAGGUACUCACCAGACAUCGAAUCUGCCGGCAUCUUGAUCUUGGACUUCUCAGCCUCUAGAACUAUGAGAAAUCUGAGGAUUAGACAUUGAGGAAUUUACUCAAGAUCAGAGAGUCAAGGCUUGAGUUUCUAGUCCAUCCACCUCCAAAGUCUAUGUUCCUAAUUACUGAUGCACUGAGCGGGACGAGGUCAACUUGGAGGUGUGUUACUGCAAGUGUCUUUAUAAGAGGCAGUAGGAUUGUAAAUUCCUUGGGAGCAGAGGUUGCACCUUUGCAACCCUAGGAGUUAGGUUCGCCUACAGAGCCGGCAGGUGUGAAUGGAAGGAGGCGGAACCUGGAUAAGUCCGACUGGGAACCCAGGGUUGCGGCUGUAUGUGGGACGAGGCUUCGAGAGCGGAUGAAGGGAAAAGAGUGAGAAGUGUGACUUGAACCUCCUGUCCACAAGACGCCUAUGGUGUGGGGAGAGGUAGUGAUAAAGCACUGGGGAAACGCUAGGACGGUAGAAUCACUUCCAGGGCGCGGCAGGAGCCCCAGAGGAGUUUUCGGGAAGGAGACAUUUAUUUGUGCAGGGUUUUGGAAGACAAGCCACCUACAGGAACCUCCCGUCUUCCGUCUUUGGUCCGCCCGGAGAGAAGCACGCUCCCCGCCGGCGAGAGGCCGCGCGGCACCUGCGCGUGCGCGCCACCGCGCGCUCUCUUAAGCCCGCCUCUUCCGUUUGGCUCCUGGGGGGCGUGGCGGCGCUGGCAAGAUGGCUGCGCCCGAGGAGAUGAUGUUUCCGGGGAAACCGAGCCACAAAAAGUACAGGGCCGCCCUGAAGAAGGAGAAACGAAAGAAACGUCGGCAGGAACUCGCUCGAUUGAGAGACUCAGGACUAUCACAGGAGGAGGAGGAGGACACUUUUAAUGAAGAACAACAACUAGAAGAAGAGAAGCAGUUGGAGAUAGAGAGGCAAAAAUUACAUGAGGAGUGGUUGCUGCGGGAGCAGAAGGCACAAGAAGAAUUCAGAAUAAAGAAGGAAAAGGAAGAGGCAGCUAGAAAACGACAGGAAGAGCAAGAGAGAAAGUUAAAGGAAGAAUGGGAAGAGCAGCAGAGAAAAGAGAGAGAAGAGGAGGAGCAGAAGCUACAGGAGAAGAGAGAGAGAGAGGAAGCUGUGCAGAAGAUGCUGCAGCAGGCUGAAAAUGAGCUGGAAAAUAGUACCACAUGGCAAAAUCCAGAACCACCCACAGACAUAAGAGUAAUGGAGAAAGAUCGAGCUAAUUGUCCAUUCUACAGUAAAACAGGAGCUUGCAGAUUUGGAGACAGGUGUUCACGUAAACACAAUUUCCCAGCAUCGAGUCCCACCCUUCUUAUUAAAAGCAUGUUUACAACGUUUGGAAUGGAGCAGUGCAGAAGGGAUGACUAUGACCCCGACGCCAGCCUGGAGUACAGUGAAGAGGAAACCUACCAGCAGUUCCUGGACUUCUAUGACGACGUGCUCCCUGAGUUCAAGAACGUGGGGAAAGUGAUCCAGUUCAAGGUCAGCUGCAACUUGGAACCUCAUCUGAGGGGCAAUGUGUAUGUUCAAUAUCAAUCGGAAGAAGAAUGCCAAACAGCCCUCUCUCUGUUUAAUGGACGGUGGUAUGCAGGACGCCAGCUUCAGUGCGAAUUCUGCCCGGUGACCCAAUGGAAGAUGGCAAUUUGUGGUUUAUUUGAAAUACAACAAUGUCCAAGAGGAAAACACUGCAACUUUCUCCAUGUGUUCAGAAAUCCCAACAAUGAAUUUUGGGAAGCCAACAGAGACAUCUACCUGUCUCCAGAUCGGACUGGCUCCUCCUUCAGUAAGAACUUGGAGAGGAGAGAGAGGAUGGGCCACCAUGACAAAUACUACAGCAGGCCGAGGAGGAGGAGAAGCCCUAGCCCGGCCCAUUCCUACAAAAGAAAUGGGGAAGCAGAGAGAAAAAGGAGAAGUAGUCACAGAGGGAAGAAAUCUCACAAACACACAUCAAAAAGUCGGGAAAGGCACAGUUCACGGAGUGGAGGAAGAAAAAGGGCCCGCAGCCGGGGCCGGGGCAGCCGAAGCCAGAGCCGCCGGAGCCGCAGCUCCUCGAGGUCCAGGAGUCAUGGUGGGAGGAGGUCAGGUAGCAGAGACAGAACUAUUCAUAGUCCCAAAUCCAAAUAAAGCUAUUUUGUUCUUAAA